UUUUCUAGAAACCAAAGCAAUUCUCUUCUCUCAUUUAUUUUCUUUCUCUCAUUUAUCUUUGAUGGCAUCUUCUUCCAACAAUUUUCACUAUCAUUAUGAUGCAAAUGAUGAUAGUUUAGAUCAAAUUUUUCAAGAGCAAUUUGAUAAAGAAUUAGAAGCUGCUGCAGAGGAAAUGCCGGCCCCAAAGAAUAAGCGUAUCUAUAUCGAUAGAAAGCGGGAAGAAGGUCACAAUCGGUUAUGGAACGAUUAUUUUAGUGAUAAUCCGACUUACCCGGAGAAGUUAUUUCGUAGACGAUUUCGAAUGAAUAAAUCAUUGUUCUUGCGUAUUGUCAAUCGUCUCACUGCAGAAGUUCCAUAUUUUCGACCAAAAAAGGAUGCAACCUUCCGGGAUGGUGUAUCACCGUUACAACAAUGUACUGCAGCUAUUCGACUAUUAGCAUAUGGGGGUGCGGCGGAUGGUGUUGACGAAUAUAUACGUAUUGGCGAAACAACGGCUCGUGAAUGUUUGGAACACUUCGUCGUCGGAAUAGUUGACUUGUUUGGCGAUGAAUACCUACGCCGACCCACAGAAGAUGAUCUCCAAAGGCUACUCUUUUAUGGAGAACGACGGGGUUUUCCCGGGAUGGUUGGCAGCAUCGACUGUAUGCACUGGAAAUGGAAAAAUUGCCCAACCGCUUGAAAAGGAAUGUAUUCACGAGGCACCGAUAAACCAACAAUUGUUUUGGAGGCGGUGGCUUCAGAAGAUUUAUGGAUAUGGCACGCAUUUUUUGGAGCGCCAGGUACUUGUAACGAUUUAAAUGUACUUGACCAAUCACCAGUAUUUAAUGACGUUAUUUACGGUCGAGCUCCCGAACUGAAGUACAAUGUCAACGGAAGGGAGUAUAAUUUGGCUUACUACCUGACGGAUGGCAUUUACCCCGAAUGGGCGACAUUUGUUAAAUCCAUCCCACGACCACAACACCCGAAACAUCGUUUGUUUGCAGAACAUCAAGAAGGUGUGCGAAAAGAUGUUGAGCGUGCAUUCGGAGUCCUCCAAUCUAGAUUCGCGAUAAUUAAAAAUCCAUCUUUUUUAUGGUCGAAAGGUAAAAUAGCAUAUAUUAUGCGAGCAUGUCUCAUACUCCAUAAUAUGAUUGUUGAAGAUGAACGAGAUUCAUCCACUCUUGAACAAGAAUUGGAACAAGAAAAUGGAACCGGAACUACUCCGGGUCGAUCGUUUUCAGUAAGUAUGGCUUCAAAUCUCGAGGGUUUUGGUGAUGGUCAUACAAGGAUUCGUGAUAGACAAGCACAUCACCAAUUGAAAGAGGAUUUGAUUGAGAAUAUAUGGAAUAAAUUUGGAUAUUAAACUUUGUAUUAAUUAAAUAUAAUGUUUCUUUGUUUAAUUAAAUAAUAUGUUUGUUUCAUACAAA